GGCGGCGGCGGCUGAGGCGAGCGGCGGACGGUUGCUCUGGGCCCCAGGCGCCACGGAGCGAAGGCGGUCAGCGCUUCGCCUCUCUCCCCCCGGCAGGUUUCGCGCCGAGACUCCGCCAUGGCUUCCCUCAGCUUCCAGGGCAGCGGUGGCGCUAAGAAGGAGGAGAAGGGCAAGAACAUCCAGGUGGUGGUGCGGUGCAGGCCUUUUAAUGCCUCGGAACGUAAAGCAAGCUCCUAUGCUGUUGUAGACUGUGAUCAAGCAAGAAAGGAAGUUAGUGUCCGCACUGGAGGAGUUGCAGAUAAGACAUCAAGAAAGACUUACACAUUUGAUAUGGUUUUUGGAGCUCAGGCAAAGCAGAUUGAUGUAUACCGGAGUGUUGUGUGUCCCAUUUUGGAUGAAGUUAUUAUGGGCUACAACUGUACAGUGUUUGCUUAUGGCCAAACUGGUACUGGUAAGACCUUCACAAUGGAAGGGGAGCGGUCGCCCAAUGAGGAAUAUACUUGGGAAGAGGAUCCACUAGCGGGUAUAAUACCCCGUACAUUGCAUCAAAUAUUUGAAAAACUCUCAGAGAAUGGUACUGAAUUUUCAGUGAAAGUCUCUCUUUUGGAAAUCUAUAAUGAGGAGCUUUUUGAUCUUCUGAAUCCUACUCCUGAUGUUGGAGAAAAGCUGCAGAUGUUUGAUGACCCUCGAAACAAGAGGGGUGUAAUUAUUAAAGGUUUGGAAGAAAUAACUGUACACAACAAAAAUGAAGUCUACCAAAUCCUGGAAAGGGGUGCAGCAAAAAGAACGACUGCAGCUACUUACAUGAAUGCAUAUUCCAGGUCAACACAAGACCCUCUUUUUCAAACCCCAGCUUCUGAAACCUUGCAAACUGGAUUGUGGAAGUUGGGGAUAAGCCGUUCUCACUCUGUGUUUUCGAUCACCAUCCAUAUGAAAGAAACAACAGUAGAUGGAGAAGAACUUGUUAAAAUUGGGAAGCUAAACUUGGUUGAUCUUGCAGGAAGUGAAAACAUUGGUCGAUCUGGGGCAGUUGACAGAAGAGCUCGUGAAGCUGGAAAUAUCAACCAGUCUCUCCUGACACUAGGAAGAGUUAUUACUGCUCUAGUAGAAAGAGCCCCACAUAUUCCAUACAGGGAAUCUAAACUCACAAGAAUCCUUCAAGACUCUCUUGGAGGACGAACAAAAACAUCAAUAAUUGCCACAGUUUCUCCUGCAUCUAUGAAUCUUGAAGAAACACUGAGUACACUGGAAUAUGCCCACAGAGCAAAGAACAUAAUGAACAAGCCUGAAGUUAAUCAGAAGCUAACAAAAAAAGCUCUUAUUAAGGAAUAUACUGAAGAGAUUGAGCGUCUGAAGCGAGACCUUGCUGCUGCACGAGAAAAAAAUGGAGUCUAUAUUUCCCUUGAAAAUUAUGAAGCCCUUAGUGGAAAGCUGACAGUUCAGGAAGAACAAAUUGCAGAGUAUAUUGACAAAAUCAGCAUCAUGGAGGAAGAAGUGAAAAGAGUCACUGAACUAUUCACAGUUAGUAAAAAUGAACUUGAACAGUGUAAAACAGACCUGCAAGUCAAGGAGAAAGAACUGGAAGAAACACAAAAAGAUCUGCAAGAAACCAAGGUUCAUCUGGCUGAAGAAGAAUAUGUGGUUUCAGUUUUGGAAGACACUGAACAAAAACUUCAUGGCACAGCUAGCAAGUUGCUUAGUACAGUUGAAGAAACUACAAAAGAUGUAUCUGGUCUCCAUGCAAAACUGGACCGUAAGAAGGCUGUUGAUCAACACAAUGCUGUCGUCCAAAAUACAUUUGCAGGACAAAUGAAUGCUUUGUUCAACAAAAUACAAGAUUCAGUUAGUGAAAACAGUUUGAAGCAGCAACAGAUGUUGACAUCUUACACAAAUUUUAUAGGUGACCUCCUGUCUACCAGUUCUUCAGCAGCUAAUAUUCUUGCAUCAGUUGUAUCAGCAUCUUUUGCAUCUGUUAAAGAAUUGGUGUCUACUGAAGUUUCUCACAUGUCUGAGAAAAUAACACAACAUGAGAAUCUGUCACUCAAUUGUAAAGCUGAGCUGCUGAGAUUAAUUGAGGAACAUAAAUCUGGAUUAGGAAGAGCAUUAAAUAGCUUGACACCAAUGGUAGAAUUUGUCUUGGGGCUAAACUGUCGGUUUCAGAGUUACAUGAAGAAAUACUCUGCUGUGGCGGACAAGAUGGAGGGUCAUAAAAAGGAAAUGGAUACCUUCUUUGGAGAUCUUUCUCUCACCCUGAAAACAUUACGGGAAGAAACAGCCAGUGUUUUUGCUCAGCUUCAGAAUGAUUGUGAGAAUUUAAAAGAGGAAGUGGAAAUGACGAGGUUGGCACAUACAAAGAGCACAGCUGAAUUAAUUUUGUCACUGCAAAGCCAGCUUGACCUGUUUGCUCAGGAGACUCAGAAGAACUUAACUAAUGUACUCAUAAAAAAUGGAAGCUUGAAGACUGCCAUUACUGCUGUGCAAGAAAAUGUUCACCUGAAAACUACAGACUUAGUCAGCAGUACAAAUUCCAAUCACAGCAAAUUUAUUGCAUCUCUGGAUGAUUUCUCUCAAGAGCUCAGGAUCAUAAAUGCUGAAAACAAGAUGAUGCUGGAAGAAUCCACUGAUCACUGUCAACAACUUCUUAGCAAUCUCAAAAAUGUGUCUCAGGAUACUGAUAAAUGGGCUGAAUUUACAACUGCUCAGAUAGUUGACUUUACCAAUCAGCAGCUACUGUCCUUCAGUUAUGAGAAACAGCAACUUCAGUGUUUACAAAAGAAAAAUGAAGAAAACUGUGAUAAAGCGAUAGCUGAAAUUGCUGACCAUACUGGUAGACAAAAAGCUGCUGAGGAGAAGGUACUAAAUGGCCUUCUUGAUCAGGUAAAGGUUGAUCAGGAGAUACUUCUGGAGCAGAAGUUGGCACUUAAUGAGGAAGCACAGCAUGGACUGACUCAGGUUAAUGGUUUCCUGCAAGAGGAUCUUAAAGUGGAUAUUCCAACAGGGACAACUCCACAGAGAAGAGACUACUUCUAUCCAGUCACACUUGUGAGAACAGAACCCCGGGAACUUCUACUGGAGCAAUUAAGAGAAAAGCAACUAAAGCUUGAUGCUAUGCUAAACAGUGUGACAAAGGAGGUGGAGGAUAAUGCAGAUCAGGACCUGUUGGAAGAGGAGGAAGAGUUGCAAGAAUCCAGUGAAAGCCUUGCUAGUGACAAAUCCUUUGUGGAUACAAACAUAUGGUGCCACGCAAAUGGGGGCAUUCCCUUUUUCCAGCACAAAAGGAGUCACAAAAAGGAUAAAGAGAACAAAUCUGCAGCUACAGUGGAGAAGAACAAAAUAGAGGAUAUGACAGAACAGUUUCUUCCCAAAUCUAAGCCUCCUUUAAGAGCACUGAACUAAGAUACAUCCACUGCAGAUUCCUGUUUUGAAAUACUUGGGUCUGUCUACUGAGCCAUAACUUUCUUCAGUUAGUCUCGGUCUCUGUACAUAGUGAUACGUUGAUGCAAAGUUGGAUCAAAAGAUUGGCCUGCCAGCUGU